AUGGAUCAAGACGGGCAAAUCCACUUUGCGUAUUCAUCAAUUUCCCCCGCCCCCGCUUCACAUUCUGUCCGUCCCCGCGAUUUUCGAGGUGAAUGGCUACUAAAUCCCGUAGAGAGAGUCGCCUCGCAACCUGAAAACCCAUUUUCGGCCUUGAUCACCGAUCAAUCCAUCGCGAUCAUCCCCUCCUUCUCUCUCGAGUCUGGUGUUAUCUUGCAUAACGUUCCGGUGGCGUACACCACCCGCGGCAAACUCUCCCCGAACGGCGACAAUGUCUUGGUGAUUUGCCAUGCCCUCAGUGGUAGCGCUGAUGUCGCGGACUGGUGGGGCCCUCUGCUCGGUGGUCCCGGUCAGGCUUUCGAUACCUCGCGAUUCUUUGUCGUCUGCCUGAACAGUUUGGGCAGUCCGUAUGGUAGUGCCAGCGCUGUGACCUACAAGGACGGAGACCCGGAGAAGGGCCUUUACGGACCCGAAUUCCCUCUCACCACCGUGCGUGAUGAUGUGAGGAUUCACAAGAUCGUGCUUGAUGACCUUGGCGUGCGGCAGAUUGCUGCCGUCGUGGGUGGUUCCAUGGGUGGCAUGCUUACCCUCGAGUACGCCUACUUCGGCAAGGAUUAUGUCCGUGCCAUUUGUCCUAUCGCCACAUCUCCCCGCCAUUCUGCUUGGUGUAUCAGUUGGGGCGAGGCGCAACGACAAAGCAUUUACAGCGAUCCCAAGUACGAGGACGGCUACUACUCGUUCGAUGACCCUCCUGCGACCGGGCUAGGUGCGGCCCGCAUGUCUGCCCUUCUUACAUACCGCAGCCGCAACUCCUUCGAGUCUCGCUUUGGCCGAAACGUGCCUGAUCCCUCCAAGCGCCAGAACAUUAACGGCGCCGAGAGAUUGCCCAGUCCGCCCAACGAGCACUGGGCCGUCCACAACGAUGGGCACAAGAGCAGUGGACGCAGCUCCCCUGUGCUCCAGUCGCCUGCGCUUGCCCAGCCGGCCGAAAUUCUGUUCCAGGACCCGCAGUUCUCUGGAACCAAGACCUUCAGCAAGACUGUCGAACCAAAGGGCAACCAGAAGAAGCUUCCCACUUAUUUCUCAGCUCAGUCCUACCUUCGCUACCAGGGCGAGAAGUUCGUGAAGCGGUUCGACGCCAACUGCUACAUUGCGAUCACCCGCAAGCUUGACACGCACGACGUCUCGAGACACCGGGCCAGCGCAGACUCUGAGAACCCUGUCCGCGAGGCACUUGGCCAAAUCGAGCAGCCUGCGUUGGUCUUGGGCAUCGAGACCGAUGGAUUGUUCACUUUUGAGGAGCAGCAGGAAAUCGCAGCUGGUAUUCCAGACUCGAGGUUGAAGCGGAUUGAGAGUCCCGAGGGGCACGACGCCUUCCUCCUCCAGUUUGAGCAGGUCAACAAGUAUAUCCUCGAGUUCUUCCGCGAAGUUCUUCCGGACAUCAUGUCCAAGAUUCCCGAGGGUGGCGCCGAGGCUGUGGAUGGCGUGAAUAAGCUAACCAAGAGCAGCACAUUCGGCGAAGCGGAGGUGGAAGACAUCACCGCCUGGUAAACUGACCAUUCCGGUAUCCAGAUCGACUUUGGCGCAGUCAUUGCAGCCUUCGCACACACACACACAUUAUUCUUGCCUGACACCAGAAGGGGAACGAAGUCUGGUCUUUCUCUCGGCGACGAGAGGACGCGCCGGCGGCUUUCGGACCCCGCCAGGACCAGGCGCCUCGGGGAAGUAGCGGUGCAAACUUUGUUUAUUGUCAUUCUUAAGCCAGUCAGAGAGAUAAGCACUUAACUGCCUCUCUCGUUUCCUAAACAACAGGUAAGGCUGUAAAAGAAGCAUCCAACUGCUCUCCAUCGAUAAGCCCUCACGAGGCGUGGUCUGUCUGUUUGCAGCAGCGCAGCCGCAAUGCCCGGAGGGUGGUGGGCGACCUUUUCUACAAGAGUUCGAUCGUACAUAGUAUGAUGAAUGAAAUAGACAGAUCUCGUUUUU